AUGCGGAGGUCCCUUGCCUCACUUUUCAUAAUUCUAGCUAAUUCAUUCAUAAUUUUCAUUCCAGGUGUGGGCAAGACCAGCCUGGUGGUCCGCUACAUCGGCAAGAUGUUCUCCAAGCACAUCUCGCCGACGAUAGGCGCCUCCUUCUUCACCUGCAACAUCAAUCUAGAAAAUGCUAGAGUCAAAUACAGUUCUCCCCAGGUAUGGGACACGGCUGGUCAGGAGCGGUUCCGGUCCAUGGCUCCGAUGUACUACCGGAACGCAAACGCCGCGCUGCUGGUGUUCGACAUCACCAGCGUCAACAGCUUCCAGGCUAUUAAAGGAUGGGUUAAGGAGCUGCAGAGGUGAAUAAAUUGUGUUAAUAAUAAUUUAAAGAAUGA